GGGGGCUGGGAAAGUUGAGGCCGUGCUGCCGCCGGGUCUCCGGCCUCGAGGGCUCGGGCUCGCUGCGGCGGCGGUGGCCGCGAGGAGAGGCGGCGGGGGCGGGGGGAGAGGAGGGCCCGGGCCCGCGCUCCCCCAGCCCCGCAGAAGCAGGCGGCGGCUGCGGACCCAGAGGCUCGCCUAGACGGCUAGACACCGCUGCCUUCCGCUCCUGGGACCAUGACCCAGGCGGGGGUCGCCGCCGCCGUGGCCCGGAGCGCGUCACCGGCGGUAAGAAGAAAACAUAACCUAUAGAGACCAUCUUCUGGCAGAAGAUGAUAGAUUUGAAUCAGAAAGAGGAGGCAUUGGAAGCCAGGACUCUAAAGUGAAGACACUGCAAGCACCUGGGUGAGAAGGAGACGGGCGUUUGUGAGCUGCUGGCUCGUUCCACAUUACGGCUCCCUGCUUGUCCACUGCAGGCGUCUCUAGGCCUAGGCAGCUUCACCAGUUGGAAGGAGAGGAACAGAAACAGGCUGCUGAAAUUCCCGUCACUCUCACCAUGCCAGAGAUGACAGAGCAUGAGACGCCUACGAAAAAGCAGCACAGAAAGAAGAACCGAGAGACACACAAUGCAGUGGAGAGGCACAGAAAGAAGAAAAUCAAUGCUGGGAUAAACAGAAUAGGAGAACUGAUCCCAUGCUCCCCUGCUCUGAAACAGAGCAAGAACAUGAUCCUGGACCAAGCUUUUAAGUACAUAACAGAGCUGAAGCGGCAAAACGAUGAACUCCUGCUUGAUGGAGGGAGCAGUGAACAAGCUGAAGAAAUAAAAAAACUACGGAAACAACUAGAAGAAAUCCAAAAAGAAAAUGGCCGAUAUAUUGAAUUGUUGAAAGCAAAUGACAUAUGCUUAUAUGAUGACCCCACAAUCCACUGGAAAGGAAAUCUGAAAACCUCAAAGGUGUCUGUUGUUAUUCCAAGUGACCAGGUCCAGAAAAACAUCAUUGUUUAUUCCAACGGGAGCCAACCUGGGGGAAACAGCCAAGGGACAGCUGUCCAGGGGAUAACCUUUAAUGUUGGUCACGGCUUGCAAAAGCAAACCGCCAAUGUGGUGCCAGUGCAGAGGCCCUGCAAGCUUGUGACUCCUGUGUCUAUUUCUGGAAUUUACCCUUCUGAGAACAAGCCGUGGCAUCAGACUACAGUGUCUGCACUGGCUGCCAACCAGUCUGUUCCCCUUUGUCUUCCCACUGCCAUUUCUGCUCAAAACAUUCUCGAACUUUCUACUUCUGAAAGCCAAUCAAGUGCACUCGGUGCCACUGGUGGCUCAGUAGUCACCACUUCAGUUGGCCCUGACACUCACCAACAUCGUUCCUUGAAUACAUGCCUAAAUGAUCAAAAUGCUUCAGAAAAUAGCAACGCGCAGGAGAGCCCCAAAUCAUCAAAGAAAACAGUCGAGAGUGUCUCAGGCACCUCCUCCAGCAAUUCAGCAGCUGCCCCAGGGGUGCACCACGAAACCAAGUCCAGCCUGGCCACACAGGGCUCCAGUGCAGACUCACAAAACACCCUUGUGUCAGUUACCACCCCAGUGUCCUCCCAGCCUCCCAGAUCUACAGGUAGCUCUUCUCCAGUGAGUGUUAGCAAGACUGUGGACCCAACCAAUACAGCAGCAGCAGUGGUACCAGCUCACACUGCAGUAUCUAAGAGUGCCCUCCCAGUGAGCAGUCUUUCUGCAACUCCUUUGGAAGGUGGUUGGACUCUUUCUUGUUCUCUGCCUUCCUCAAGUGUCAGUGCUUCAGAAUUAAAAAACAUCAACAGCCUUACCCGAAUCUCUUCAGCCGGAAACACACAGACAACAUGGACUACAUUGCACCUGGCCGGAAACACUAUCCAGCCUUUAAGCCAGCCACCAUCUUCUGCUUCGACUCCAGCAUUAAACGAGUGUGGUACCAGCCCUACCCCAAGCAACCACAAGCAUGUGGCUACAGGGAUCACCUUCAACAAUUCUCCUCCAACAGAUGGGCAGGCAGUUGAGCAGAUAGUGGUAACUUUGCCUUCAUGCCCACCCUUACCUAUGCAACCACUAAUUGCCCAACCACAAGUUAAAUCUCAGCCUCCAAAAAAUAUCCUUCCCCUGAAUUCAGCAAUGCAAGUGAUUCAGAUGGCUCAACCUGUUGGGUCAGGUGUCACUGCAGCUCCAACUAACCAAAAUGUCAUCAUUCUUCAGCCACCCAGCACAACCCCAUGCCCAGCAAUGAUGAGGGCAGAGGUUUCCAACCAAGCAGUAGGUCAACAGAUUGUCAUCAUACAGGCGGCUAAUCAGAACCCAUUGCCACUCCUCUCUGCUCCCCAUCCUGGUCCUGUUCGACUCCCUGUCAAUGGAGCCAGUGCUAUAAUAGGGUCUCAUAAUUCAGUGCAAAACGUGCCAGCCCCACAGACUUUUGGAGGAAAGCAUCUUGUCCAUAUAUUACCAAGACCUUCAUCUCUGUCCACAUCUAACUCAGCACAGACUUUUUCUGUUACCAUGUCAAACCAACAGCAGCCUCAAACCAUUUCUUUAAACGGACAGCUCUUUGCUUUGCAGCCUGUGAUGUCCUCAUCAGGAACUACAAAUCAAAGCCCUAUGCAAAUCAUUCAACCCACCACCAGCGAAGAUCCAAAUACCAAUGUUGCCCUGAACACAUUUGGGGCUUUGGCCAGCCUCAAUCAAAGCAUAUCACAGAUGGCUGGACAAAGCUGUGUACAGUUGUCUAUUAGCCAGUCUGCUAAUCCUCAAACUUCUGCAAACAGUCAAACUAGCCCCACUAACUGUGUUUCACUAACAACUGUAGCACCUACCAUGACAGCAGAAAAUUCAGCCACGCAGUCCACUACUUAUAGCCUUGCAGCAGCUUCCUCAACAAACACCGUCACUUGUUUGCCCUCUACCAUGAAAUCAAAAAGGCUGAGCAAGAAGCCAAGUGCCAAGAAACACUUAGCAGCUAACAAACCAGCAUGUCCCCUGAAUUCAGUCAGAGAUGUGGGCAAGGUGGAUGGCCCCGGAAUGGACAGCUCAGCAGAGCCAUCAUGUAGUGAUGGACUGCUGAACGGCCUCCCUGUUGGCCUGUCAUCUGUGCCUGUGUCCCAGUCAAAGAGUGUUAGUAUUUCCGCUUCACAUUCUUUGGACAUUCUGAAUUCUGAAUCAGUGAUCCCUGAGUCUGAUCCCAAAUCUAAAUCAGCAGAAGACUGUAGCUCAUCCUCCCGAGAAUCUGAAACAAAUGAGCAACUUGCAUUGGCCCCAGCGAAAUCCAAAGAUUCUACUCCCAUUUUGCAAGAGUCAUCUCAGGGUACACCACCAUGCUCUGUAGCACUGCCCAAUGCUACGAAAUCCUGUGCUUCAGCCAAUGUGUUGACUCCAUCUCCUACCGAAUCCGAGAGUUUGGUUCCUCAGGUUUCUGGUAUGCCAUCCACUACAAGCACUUCAAACACUGUCUGUAUCUCUGAGGUAGAAAUUGUGGCAGAACCUUGCCCGGUUCAGCAGGAGUCACUGGACACCAUGCAAGCAGCAGGGCCUUUAAAGGGGCAAGGACUAACUAUGCUGCUGUCUGACCUUGCUAAAGAAAAGGACCUUCAGAGGACAUCUCUCCAAGUCCAGAUGGACCAUCCUGACUUUUCUCCAGAAAGUUCUAAGAUAGGUGAUCCUAGUGUUGAUUUGCAUCCCAAGCAGGAACUACUACUGACGAGUGACGACAGAGAUCCGCCACAGCCCCACUCCUGCCUCCCUGACCAGGAGGUUAUUCAUGGCUCUUUGCUCACCAGUAGGCAGGCUGACUCUCCUAUGUCAACCAGCUCUGGCAGUAGUCGUAGUUUCUCGGUUGCCUCCAUGCUUCCCGAAACAGCUCGAGAAGAUGUGACCAGCAGUACAACUAACACAUGUGACAGUUGCACCUUUGCAGAGCAAACUGACAUUGUGGCCCUUGCUGCAAGAGCUAUUUUAGACCAGGAGAGCAUUGAGAAGGGAAGGCUUGGCACACAGGCUGAUCUGAAGGAUGUUACUCCAAAGCCUUCUGAAACCUCUUUAGAGGGAGACCAGCCCUUUAAACCACAGAUCCACAAGGAGACUUGCACGGGACAGGCAGAUCCAACACCAAAUGAAUUUAACUCUCAGGAUUCAGUGGAAGUGACAGUCGAUAGGCCUCUUGAAAAGCCAAGCUGUUCUCUGGGAAUUAAAGCAUCGAAUCCCCCAUUACAGGUGUCAGCCUCUCAGCCACCGAGUCUCACCCAUCAGAACAGCAUCAGCCGUCCUCUGGUCAGCUGUGCGGGUCUAUCUCAGAGCUCAGAUCAAGCUUCUAUUCCUGUGACUGUUAAUAUGACUGUUGCAUCCAGUGCUUAUGGCAGCCAGCCUCCUGUGCCGCCUCUAAUGACAGAAUAUUCCCAGGAACAGCUGAACAGCAUGGCUAGCUCCAUACCAAAUCCACAGGGUCAAGAACCGCUCUCAAAGCCUAGUCAUGAAGGUCGUAAAGAUUCUGCAAAGCGCACUGUACAAGAUGAUCUUUUACUGUCUUCGGCCAAACGUCAAAAGCAUUGUCAGCCAGCCCCUCUCAGGCUUGAAAGUAUGCCCCUGAUGAGCCGGACUCCAGACAACAUUCCUGAUCAAACUCAAAUGAUGGCGAGUCAGAUCACGCCCAACUCUUCAACCUCAGUUGUUCCUGUUAGCAACCCAGCACAUGGAGAUGGCCUCACGCGGUUAUUCCCAGCUGGUAACAACUUUGCGGCUCCUGUACUGAGGCAGGCAGAUGUUCAGUGUAACCCUCAGCCUUCCGUGGCUGAGCAGCCGCAGCAAGCCCAGGCAGGCCAACAUCUGCAGGCACUGCAGCAGCAUGUGCCCCCUCAAGGCGUGUCUCACCUUCACACCAACCAUCUGUACCUCAAGCAGCAGCAGCAGCAAGCAGGGCAGCUAAGAGAGAGGCAUCACUUGUAUCAGCUGCAGCAUCAUGUGCCUCAUGCAGAUAAUGCUGUCCACUCCCAGCCCCAUAUCGUGCACCAACAGAGAACUCUACAGCAGGAAGUUCAGAUGCAGAAGAAAAGGAAUCUUGUUCAGGGCGCUCCCACAGCUCAGCUAUCCUUACCACCCAAACACCAUGGGACUGAUCAGUCGAGACCCAAGAGCAGCCAACCACAUCCUCACCAUCAACAGAUGCAGCAACAGCUACAACAACACUUUGCUAGUUCCCAGCCAGAGAAGAGCUGCGAAAACCCUUCAACUAGCCGGGGCCACCACAGCCAUCCCCAGAACCAUCUCAGUCAGGACGUUCUACACCAGCAACAGGAUGUUGGGAGCAGACAGCAGGGUUCAGCGGUUUCUUCCGAUCAUGUAUCUGGGCAUAAUCCAAUGCAGAGGCUUUUACCAUCAAGAGGCUUAGAGCAGCAAAUGGUGUCCCAACCAAGUAUUGUGACUAGGUCUUCAGACAUGACCUGUGCUCCACACAGGCCAGAGAGAAACCGAGUGUCAAGUUACUCUGCUGAAGCACUCAUUGGAAAGUCGUCUUCUACUUCAGAACAGAGACUGGGCAUAUCAAUUCAGGGUACUAGGGUUUCAGAUCAGCUUGAGAUGAGAAGCUAUCUUGACGUUCCCAGAAAUAAGAGCUUGGCACUUCAUAAUAUGCAGGGUCGCAUGGAUCAUACUGUCACCUCAGAUAUCCGCCUUUCUGAUUGCCAGACAUUCAAACCAGGGGCAGCCAGCCAACAGCCCCAGAGUAAUUUUGAAGUACAAUCUUCAAGAAACAAUGAAAUAGGUAACCCUGCACCAUCACUGAGGGGUAUGCAGUCCCAGGCUUUUCGAAUUAGUCAAAACACUGGUCCACCACCAAUAGACCGACAAAAGAGAUUAUCUUAUCCGCCAGUUCAGAGCAUCCCAACAGGAAAUGCUGUCCCACCAAGGGAUAGUGAGAACACAUGUCACCAGAGUUUCAUGCAGAGUCUGCUUGCUCCUCACCUUGGUGAUCAGGUCAUUGGGAGUCAAAGGUCACUCUCAGAACAUCCAAGGAAUACACAAUGUGGUCCGUCUUCAACAAUUGAGUAUAAUUGUCCUCCAGCUCGUGAAAGUGUUCAUAUCAGAAGAGAGAGUGAGAGUCAGAAUAGGGAGAGUUGUGACAUGUCUUUAGGUGCAAUUAACCCCAGGAACAGCACUUUGAAUAUUCCUUUCUCCAGUUCCUCUUCCUCAGGGGAUAUUCAAGGUCGAAACACAAGUCCCAAUGUUUCUGUACAGAAGUCCAAUCCCAUGAGGAUUACUGACAGUCAUGGGGCCAAGGGCCACAUGAACCCUCCUGUCACAUCCAACAUGCAUGGGGUUGCAAGGCCAACUUUGCCACACCCAUCUGUGUCUCAUGGGAAUGCUGACCAAGGGCCUCCCGUGCGUCAGGCUAACUCCUCAGUUGCCCAGAGAUCAAGACAUCCCCUGCAGGAUAGCAGUGGUUCCAAAAUCCGCCAGCCUGAAAGGACUCGUUCUGGAAAUCAAAGGCACAGUAAUGUCUUUGAUCCAAGUCUUCCUCAUCUUCCUCUCUCCACUAGUGGCAGUAUGAUUCUUGGACGACAACAGCCUGCUGCAGAGAAGAGAGGAAGUAUUGUCCGCUUCAUGCCUGACAGUCCACAAGUACCUAAUGAUAAUUCGGGUCCUGACCAGCAUUCACUGUCACAAAACUUUGGUUUUCCUUUUAUUCCUGAGGGUGGCAUGAAUCCACCAAUAAAUGCUAAUACUUCCUUCAUUCCACAGGCUACUCAGCCUAGUGCCACCCGAGCUCCGGCUCUCAUCCCAGUAGAUCCGCAGAACACUCUCCCCUCCUUCUACCCACCCUACUCUCCUGCUCAUCCCACUCUGUCCAAUGACAUCUCAAUCCCUUAUUUUUCUAAUCAAAUGUUCUCCAAUCCUAGCACAGAGAAAGUGAACAGUGGAAGUCUAAACAACCGAUUUGGAUCCAUUUUAUCUCCUCCCAGACCUGUUGGCUUUGCUCAGCCAAGUUUCCCUCUUCUCCCCGAGAUGCCGCCAAUGCACAUGGCCAACUCUCACCUAUCCAAUUUUAAUAUGACGUCAUUGUUUCCGGAAAUAGCGGCUCUUCCCGAUGGCUCAGCAAUGUCACCUUUGCUUACCAUAGCAAACUCCUCUGCGUCUGACUCUUCCAAGCAGUCCUCAAACAGACCUGCUCACAACAUAAGCCAUAUUUUAGGUCAUGAUUGCAGCUCAGCUGUCUAAAUCCAGAGAAACUGACUGUAAUGGUUUGGGUUGAAAUGACAACUGUUCUUCUGUAUACAGAUGUGCAUUGAGAGAGCUUAUGUGGAUAUGUGUCUUUGUAUUGGAUAACCGUUUUUCCAUUAGCUUCUGUCUACAAGAAGCCAUGUCAGAGAGGAUGCAUACACUGGGGUUGUCAAAACAAUCAUCUUUUAUUUCUGAGUCAUGUGCUUUCUUUAAUCUUCUAAGUGACUUACCUUUCCAAGCUUGAUUUGUAAUCUUUUAUUCCCUAAGUACUAAUCAGCCAGAAGGCGAAGAGAUCUUGGCACAUGCUGGGUGGGAGGGGGAACUGAGAUUCUGAACUCAGUUGUUGAGAAGUUGUAAAAUGAAUAGUUGAGAUGGUCGGGAUGGUUAGGUUGCAAAUCCAAAAGUAAAAGCAACUUGAAAGAAAUCAUGAUUCGUCAUAGGUGCUUGUCCAUGUCAACAUCUAACAGUUCUGAACCAUGGCAAGUAAUGAAUUGAUAAUGAGUUGAAUUCCCAUAAGUAAAAAUAUCAGGCAGGUAGAAAAUAAAUGAAGUGUUUGAUCAGCCUUCAUUCCUGAGCUUUGAUACAGAGACUUCUUUCUUAAUUAUAAUUUUUUAAUAAACUACCUAAAUUUCAUGUCUUGUUCUUCAAGGUAGGGAGCCACAUUCUCCUUUAAUGUGCCAAGAUUCUGUAAAGUAAAAGUCUUCCUUAGACAAUGAGCCUUAAAAAUACAAAGCUAAGACAAAAUACAGAAAUGUUUUCCACUUAGUACUUGGGUUUUGCAUCAGGCCAAAGAAUAACAGCAGUUGUAUUGUGGUUUUCCUGGUGUCGGUUAGUGACUAGUACUUCACUAGUUGAAUUGAUUUUGUAUUCUCUCUUCAUUCUAUUUAUUUGGUCUUAAAAUACAUUAAUUUACAAUCACUUAAAUGUUAGAACUGUUCAGAAAAUAUUGUGUUUAGAAGACACUUUGAGCCUUUCAGAUACUUCAGAGUAGAGUUUUAAGCUGUCUUUUCAUUUGCUGAUUAUUUAUAUUAAAUAUGGCAUUGUAAAUUA